AUGAAAGGCCUUGGGAACAGCCCCGGCUCGAACGACAGGGCUCUGUGGCACAGCUCUCGGCUUCCUUACUACGUAGCGCUGGCUGCUACGACGCUCGCGGCAGCGACAGUUUUUUAUUUACAAGAGUCGUUUCCAUGGUCGAGCUUUAUACUUCCCCAGGAAGCACCAACUACACAACUCGGUAGCGGUAUUACUUGGAGCGAGAUUGUGCCAUCAUCGGCAAUAGAGUAUCAUGACUGCUUUGACGGUUUCCAGUGCACUAGGCUUCUAGUGCCUAUGGACUAUCAUCGGCAGGAUGGGUUGGGGAAGGAAUUUGCCAUUGCCAUAGCCCGCCUGCCAGCAAAAGUGUCUGUGACCGACCCUCGCUACGGCGGCGCGGUCCUCAUCAACCCCGGUGGCCCUGGCGGCUCUGGGGUAGCACAGGCACUUAUUAGCGGCCGGCAGCUACAAACAAUCGUCGAUGCCAACAUCGAUCCGGGCCAGGAAACGUCAAACGAGUCCAAUUCACUCUAUUUUGACAUACUUGGAUUUGACCCUCGGGGCGUCAAUAACACAACCCCUGGAUUCAGCUGUUUCCCGGAUAUUUUCUCCCAGCGAAACUUCGAACUGCAAGCCGAGGCAGACGGGAUGCUUGGCAGCUCUGAGACUUCUUUAAUGCGAAAUUGGCAGAGGAACCUGGCUCUAACUCAGAGCUGCUCACAAAACCUCCUCUAUAGAGAUCCCGACGGCAGCGGAGAAGCGAUGGGCGAGCAUGUCAACACCUCUCCUGUCGCUCGCGACAUGCUCGAGAUCAUCGAAAAGCAAGCCGAGUGGCGCGAGAAGCAAGGACUAAAGCAGCAGAAAAUUGUAGACACGCUUACGGGAUACGAUAAAAAUCAAACUAUUGCCAAGCGAACACUCUGGAACCGCGGACAGGAAAAAAUUCACUACUGGGGUCGAUCGUACGGCACCGUGUUGGGUGCUACUUUUGCCGCCAUGUUUCCCGAUCGAAUUGGUCGCGCCGUGUUGGACGGUGUUGUCGACCUAGAAAAAUACUACACCGGUAUUGGCCCGAAUAGUAUAUUGGAUGCCGAUACGAUAUUCGAUCGCUUCUUCUAUUACUGUCACGAGGCGGGGCCUCUUGCUUGCCCUUUCUACAUCUCAGGCGGCCCGGAUAGCAUUAAAUCUGCGUAUUACGAUGUUGAAGCUCAGAUACUAAAUGCAUCUCUCCCCGUUCCAGCAUCUACCACUCGAGGCCCAGAAGUGAUUACUUGGACCGACCUGAAGACUAUUCAACGAAUAUCUGUUUACCAACCUUUGACUGUCUUCCCAAUCUUGGCGCAUUUCCUCAGCGAAUUGGUUCAGAGCAACGGAUCUUCGAUGGCAUCGUUGAAGCAACAAAAACGGCAGCCAUCAUGUUUGUCAGAAGAAUGUCUGCGCAGUGGAUUUUGGUCGCAGGAAUGUACUGGUCCCAGCACUGGUGAAGCCUACUCUACGCAAGCCAUCUUCUGCACAGACGUUGGAUACGCCAAGGGUACCGAUAUCGAAGCAUUUAGAAAUAUAUGGAGCGAGCUCCUCUCAGACAGCCAGACUAUAGGAGAUUACUGGGCUUCGCUCUUCCUUGAUUGCGCCGGAUGGCAGCCCACGGCUAAAUGGAAAUUCGACGGUCCCUAUACAGGGAACACAUCUCAUCCCCUACUUUUUGUCAGCACGUCACUGGACCCAGUUACGCCACUUGCGAGUGCGAAGAAAAUGUCCAAUAGCUUCCCCGGCUCUGUAGUCCUUGAGCAGCAGUCUGAAGGCCAUACAACUGCGUCCGCCCCGUCGCUCUGCGCUGCUAAAUUCAUCCGGAGCUACUUCCAGACGGGCCAAUUGCCAGAUCCCGAUACACUUUGUCCAACGGAUAUUAAGCCCCUCAUUGGGGUUCCCAGUGACAGCGCCAUUGGUAUCCAGCUAGAUGGGUUGGGCCCAGGGGAUCGUCAGUUGAUCAAAUGCAACCGAGAGCACCCUUGUCAAAACUGUAUUGCGUACAACAACCCAUCGUCUUGUAAAUACGAGAAGCACGAAAGUGUAACAGAGCCUGCCAUCAGUCCCACGAAACAAGGUGAACCAAGGACUACUCAAGAUUUGGAUACCCAAUCUGAGCAUUCUCAGAAUGGCUAUAGCUUUACUGGCGAACAGAACGAUACUCCGUACCGAGGCGAAACUCACUGGAGCACUGUAGUCCAAGAGUUGUCUCCAAACAUCGGUGUGUCGCCAGAUGAAGCGGCGCUGACAACGGCAUACUCCUUUGGAGAUGAUUCUUCAUAUAAAGCCGUCACCUCACUGCAAAAGGAUCUUCUUGGCGACUUGCCCUCUCGCAAGGCUAUUGAUGAGCUGCUGAGAGUCUUCUUCGACCCUAGCGGUCCUGCUGGUCCGUCUUUGUUCAUUUGUCAUAAGCCAUCUUUUCUUGGACAGUAUGAGAGCUUUUGGCGGCAGCCUUCUCGCGCACCUAUUUCUUGGCUAGGAAUUCUUUUUUCCAUGUUGUACCUCACUACUGAAGCCUAUCUGACAUAUAUCGACGGCGUAAUGGCGACGCUAGAGACGGCUGUCAUCUCCCAAGACCAAGCAACAACGUACAAAGCACGCGCGAUUCAGUGCAUUUCCCAUGUAUCGACCCAACAGCCGACCCAAACCCUCCAGACUAUGAUUCUACUAAGUGUCUCCGGUUUCAUUACCCAAGCCGAAAACUCAGUUAACUCAAUUGCUGCCAUGGUCAGAGCCGCUGUCAGGAUGGGUCUGCAUCGUGACCCGGUCAAUUUCCCGAACCUGUCGGUUUUUGAAGGCGAGAUGAGACGGCGUAUUUGGUCACUGGUUCGGGGAAUGGACACUCUUACAUCUUUUCAUCUUGGUCUCCCAACGGCCGUCAGAUCAAAUGAAACUGACACAAGACUUCCUUGUAGCUUAAAUGAGACAGACCUUUACGAAGGGAUGCUUGAACCACCCUUGGAACGACCAUUGUCGGAGAUGAUAGACAACGGGUAUGGGGUGGUGAAAAUGCGAAUACUCGAUGUCAUUGCUAAAAUUAUCGAGAAUAUACACUCUUUAGCGGACAAAUGUGAAAAGUCCCACCGCAUGCAAGAAUUGGCCAAGAAAAUACACGAAAUCCGUCUAUCACUGCCACCACACUUACAAUUCCAUUCGUGGGAGGCCGCCAUGGUUGGAAAUCCUUAUAUCUGCCUGCAAAGAGUGCAGCUAGAUGUACUUUCCCACCAGGCAAUAUGUGUUAUUUACAAGCGAUAUAUUAGAAACACGUCGGAUCUUAACGGGCAGAGUUCAUUGGUCUUCAAAUCAGAAUGCGUUCAGUCCGCCAUGGCAUUAUUAUCACAUCAACGAAAUAGCUACGACGAAAUGCAGCCCGGCCGAUAUCUCCAGUACCAGCGAUGGUACGGACCUCAUCCCUUUGGAGACAGUUUUUUCUUGCCAGCUAUAAUCCUAUGUUUAUACUUGCAAGAAAACUGUUUCAAGUCAGAUCACUCCUCUGGCAGAGCUUUAGUUUCGAGCAUGGGGGAAAACGAUUUACCAACAGCAUCAGAUGUGCUUCAAGCGUUGAACACUGCUUGUUCAAUUUGGAAAGCGGCACCAAAAUCCGCACCUGCAGCUCGAAUAGCUCGUAUCUUGGACAUUGUCAUUGGACAUUUUUCGCAUUCUUCAUUUCCUACUACCGUAUCUCACAAAACAAGACCAUAUCCUACACCGCAAUCUUUGUCUAUCAGAUAUGACGCACUCCCCCAGACUUCCGCUGCAGAAUCCAGGCCAGUUGGACAAUUGGUGUUGACCGAUCCAACGUAUUUACAGGAACGAUCGGAGGCUAUCGACUUCCUCGGCCCAGAUUUUGAUUGGAAUUCAUUAGAUUCGUAUGUUCAAGGCUUGACUGGAUCGUUUGAAGAUAGCAUUCGUGGCAUUUUUGCUGCUCCAGGAUUUGAUGAUUUAUAG